AUGCCGUAUGCAGUCAGCCAUACAAUCGCUGACAAUGCCACUACCACGAACCUCAGUUACGAUGAGCGUGAAGUCUUUACCGACGACAAGAAUCAUUCCAUCAAGUACCGGACCUUAUCCUGGCAAUCGGCUGCAUACAUCAUGGUGACUGAGAUCGUUACUGGAGGCACGUUAACGUUACCUCAAGCGAUUGCUGUCGUCGGUCUUGUUCCUGGCACCCUUAUUAUCAUCUUUUGUGGAAUAUGGGCCUUGUUCACGUCGUUUCUGCUCAUCGAUUUCAAGCUCAAUCAUCCGGAAGUGCAUAACAUGGGUGAUGCGGGAUAUAUCCUGUUUUCGCCUUUUGGACUAGGCGCAAUAGGGAGGGAAGUCUUAAGUGCUGGUACACUCCUUUUUGCCAUCACUGGAGUGGGCAGCAUGACUUUGCUCGGGCAGCUAGCUUUGCAGACCUUGAGUCAAGGUGGCUUGUGUGCCAUGUCGUAUCUGGGUAUCUGGUCAAGCGUAACUUUCCUGGUUGCUGUGCCGAGAACUUUCGGUGCCGGACUGCAGGGCUUCUCUAUGGCUGCUUGUAUCUCGAUCUUGGUUGCUACGCUGGUAGCUAUGAUAGGCUCUGGUGUCGAGCCUACUCCUGGUCGUGUCGUCGUCGCUACAGCUCCAAAUACGUUCUACACAGCGUUUCUGGCCAUCACUAAUCCUGUCCUCGCCUACGCUGGCCACUUCCUCUUUUUCACCAUCAUAUCUGAGAUGAAAGUCCCACGCGACUCCAAAAAGUCAGCCUGGGCACUUCAAAUAUUCAGCACGACCUGGUACGUUGUCUUUGCCGUCGUUUCAUACUGCUAUCUUGGAUCCACCGUCCAAAGUCCAUCAUUCUUGAGUCUAUCAGACGUAUGGGCUAAAGUGGCAUGGGGUUUGGCAUUGCCGAAUUUCUUGGUCGCUGGAGCUCUGUACAACCAUUUUGCCGCAAAGAUCGUCUUCGUGAGGAUAUUUCGAGAGAGCAGACAUCUGACGGAGAAUACGGUGUUGGGAUGGGGAGUCUGGAUUUUGCUACUGGCUGUUGCGAACGCGUGUGGCUUCGUGCUGGCCACCGGCGUGCCGUUUUUCUCAUACCUGGGCGGUAUAGUCGCAUCCGCUUUUGCGUCUUGGUAUACUUACGGCCUUGCUGGCGCGUUCUGGUGGCACGACACGUAUUACCUUGGAGAUGGCUGGAGAUCUGUAAGAAAGAAAUGGCCGAUGUUCUUGCUUUGCCUUGGCACUCUGAUUUUUGGUGGGUUCAUCUGUGUUGGAGGACUUUAUGCGAUCAUCAAGUCGUUGCUCGAAGCCUAUGCCUCUGGCGCUGUCGGACACCCAUUUACCUGCUGA